UUAUAUUUCUAAGACAUGGAUUUCCUUUCUAAGGAGAAGCUGAGAAGUGACAUUAAGACAACUUUUAAUGUAACAAAGGAAUUAGAUCUGUCAGGGUAUUGUUUGCGUGAAUUGCCUGAAGGUGUGCUGGAAUUCACUGAGUUGGAGGAACUUGACCUGUCAUGGAAUGAACUUAAAACAAUACCAGAAAAUAUUGCAGGAUUAAACAACAUUACCAGAAUUCAUCUGAGUGGAAACCAGCUUUCCAUAUUCCCUGCAAGUUUGACACAGCUGAAGAAACUCACAAGGCUGGACAUUACAUAUAACAAACUAACUGCCAUCCCUGAUGUUAUUGGUGAGAUGGUGGAACUGGAGACACUGGAUCUGAGUCACAACCAGUUGACUGUGUUGAGUCCAGCUAUAAAACAGCUGAAGAAACUCAAAUGGCUGUACAUCUCAUUUAACAAACUAACCACCAUCCCUGAUGCUAUCAGUGAGAUGGUGGAACUGGAGGAACUUCAUCUGAGUUACAACCAGUUGACUGCGUUGAGUCCAGUUAUAAAACAGCUGAAGAAACUCAAAUGGCUGAACAUCCCACAUAACAAACUAACGACCAUCCCUGAUGCUAUUGGUGAGUUGGUGGAAAUGGAGGGACUGAAUCUGAGUUACAACCAAUUGACUGUGUUGAGUCCAGCUAUAAAACAGCUUAAGAAACUCAAAAUGUUGUUUGUGAGUGGGAAUCCUUUUAUAGUUGAAGGAAUAAGAAGUGUUAUGGAGCUAGAGGAUACAUGUAAGAUUGACACUUUUUUUUCAGAUAUCCAAGGCCAAAUAGCAGACAGACCUAAAGAAGCACAGCUGGCUUAUGAAAGGGCUUUGAAAGAUGGAUAUGUCACAGUUUACCGAAGUAGAAUAUUACUCAUUGGUCAGGAUCGAGCUGGUAAAACCAGUUUAAAGAAGAGUCUCCUUGGCCUUCCAUUUAACUCUAAAGAACAGAGUACUAAGGGGAUUGAAGUGGAUCCUUCAAAGUGUGAAAUUGAUGUUGACCAAGCUGCAAGGAACUGGCAGUCCAUUGGUGAGAAUAAACCUGGCCUGUUGGAAUGUUCCAAAGAUGUGGCAAAGAUUGUUGUAGAGAAAAUUUUUGGACAAGAUGAUUUUGCUAGAAAAAUGACUCUGCAGGUAAAAUGUUUAGAAGAAGAAGAUACAGAUGAAAGUUUAAAAGAAGAUUUUGAAAAAGAUGCAGCUCACAUUUCACCUGCAGAUUUUGAAGAGAAAGCUUUUGAUGCUUACAGAGAUGGCAGAAAGAAGGUUGAGGAUAAAGGAGAUUACCCAUCAGUAGAUGCUAUGCACAACAUUAGCACUGAACACUCAAUGGACUGCAUCUUAGAUGAGCCCAAGGUAGUUAUUGAUGUUACUCAACCCCCUGAUACCGUGAAGCAUGUUCAUCAGUGGUUGAAGUAUGUCCAAGGCAAAGACAUCAAAAGUGGUUUAUUGAAAGAAGAAUCCUAUGCUUUAAUGGAUAUUUGGGACUUUGCAGGGCAGCACCUGUACUAUGCCAGUCAUCCUAUCUUCUUCUCACAGCGAGCACUGUACAUAUUGGUCCACAAUCUCAGCAAGCCUUUAGAUGCUGCAGCUGAGCCCUGCAUGAGACAAGGGAGUAAUGAGGUGAAAUUGGAAAACCCUAACAAUGAAACAAACAUGGAGAAUUUGCUGUCAUGGCUGGCCACAGUACACGGUGUUGCCCUGGCAACUGAUGACACAGUUAAUGAUGCACAACAUAAGCUGCCCUACCUCCGUCCUCCAGUGUUUAUUGUUGGAACACAUGCUGACAAACCAGUUGAAGACAUAACAAUAAUAAAGAAACAAAUACAAGAGAGAAUUUCUGGUAUGGAAUAUGAGAAGCAUGUGGUCAGACCCUUAUUCUGCAUUGACAACACUCAGAGACCAAACUUGAUAAAGAAAUUUAUCCAGAUGAUUGGAAAGCAGACAGAAAAACAUAAAACAGCAGGGGAAGAAGGAAAAGCAGAUGGAAUAAAUGAAUUGCAGAACAAAAUCUUGGAGGUGUUGAGGCAGGAGCCCUAUAUGGGGGAGAAAAUACCUGUCAGAUGGUUUUUGUUUGAAAAGGUGAUUGAAGCUUUGGUGGCUAAACAGAUUUAUCACAGGAAUCUGCAACAACUCGAGCACUAUGCAAGGAAAUAUUGUUUCAUGGAAGAUGCAAAAGAGUUUGAGUCCAUGAUCAGUUUUUACCAUGGUUUGGGCAUGAUAAUCAAACACGGCAGUACAGUUGUACUGAAGGCCCAGUGGCUGAUUGAUCUGUUCAAACAGCUGAUAACCAUUCCACCUUUCAAUAAACAGAUUCCCUUACAUGCUAAGUACUGGCGUGAACUUGAAGGAAGUGGCAUCCUUAACAUGGAACAUGUUAAUCAUGUGUUCUCCACCUUUAUUGGACAAGAAAUCUUUAAAGAAGACAUUCUGGACAUGAUGGAGCAAUUUGGUUUGAUCGCUAAGUUCUCAGUUUCCCCAACUGACGAGAAGUACUUUGUACCAGCUCAGUUGAAAACAUCGCCUGUAGAACUCUGUAAGAUGACACCAUCAUCAACUGAUCCAUGUCCAUUGUAUCUCCUCUUUGUCCAUGGCUUUGUCCCUCAUGGUCUCUUCUUGCAGCUUGUCUCGCGAUCCAUUCGUUGGUGUUCAAAGACAUGGGCCACACAUCAACCGAGGCUGUACCAAAAUGGAGCAUGGUUCAUCAUUGGGAAAGAUAUUCAUGAUUUUGUCCUCAUAUGCAAAACAGGAUUUGUGAAGGUGAUCUUGAGACAAAAAAGAGCACAAAGUCAUCAGGUUGUGGGGCAGAACUCCGUCGCACUAGCAACUCGUGUUCGUGAAUUUCUUGAAGACACCCUAAAGAAUUUGUCAGGAGAAAUGCCCUACCUGAGGGGACUGCAGUAUAGGGUGUGUGUUGCAUGUCCUAAUUGUCAUGAAGGGGCAGAAGAAACGCGUCGUACAUGCUCAGACCACAUGAAAACCACUUGCACACACGAGGACUGCUUCCACCUCAUUGAUGCAAAUGAAGGUCGACUGGCCAUUUGUAACCGAAAACCUUGGAAGAUUGUACUACCAGUUUGUGGAUUGGAGAAAUGGUUCUUAAAAAGAAGAAGCCAGGGUUUGUCCUCUUCAAAUUUAGCUGCUAGAUCACAUGAUGAAGCAAGUGAAAUCAAUCCAAUGAAGUCUGCCACAGCAUUGAAGGUGACUCUCCUUGGCAGUGAGUGGAGUUCGUCAAUGGGAGGCUUGUCCACCAUUAACAGACAGCUUGCCAUUCUGUUGGCCACACACUCUGAAGUGGACGUUACUCUCCUUGUCCCCCAGUUUGCCUGUUCUGAAGAAGAGAGGAGAAUGGCUCGAAUUCACAAUUUAUCGCUCAGAGAGGCACAAAAACGUCCAGGUUAUGCCGAGUCCCUUGACUGGCUGUGUGCCCCGCCGAGAGAUCUGGACAUUGACAUAGUAUUGGGCCAUGGAGCAAAGCUUGGUAAACAAGCUCAAUUUAUUAGAGAAUCUUACCAGUGCAAGUGGUUUCAGGUAGUGCAUACUGCACCCGAAGAACUCGGAAUGCACAAAAACUAUCCUAUGGCCAUUUGUAAAGGUGAAGAGAAGAAUACAACUGAAGUGGAGUUGUGCAAGUUGGCAGAUGCUGUGGUAGCAGUUGGACCAAAGUUGAAGAGGGCUUACUCUUCCUAUCUGCGCUCAUACGAGAAGCACCAGGAGAUAAUUCAACUGACGCCAAGCACGUUUAGUGCGUUUUCCGACGUAAAACAAGCUGCAGUUGACAUGGACAACUUUAAGGUUCUAACAUUUGGCCGUGGUGACCCAGAGGACUUCAGCUUGAAGGGCUACGAUAUCUCUGCUCGAGCAAUAGUUGAACUGAAAGACAGAUCUUACCAUCUGAUUUUCGUGGGUGCACCAGACGGUAAACAGGAUGAAGUUGCAAAGAAUUUACUCAUGAGUGGAAUUGAUAAAAACCAGCUGACCGUGAGGAAGUUCGUGCAAAGGAAAGAGAGAUUGAAAGAAUUAUUUUGUGAAGUUGAUCUCUGUAUCAUGCCCUCCAGAUCAGAGGGUUUUGGUUUGACAGCAUUAGAAGCGUUGUCUUCUGGUCUUCCCAUUCUUGUCAGUGGAAACUCAGGAUUUGGUGAAGCACUGUGCACUGUACCAUCAGGCAAAUCAUUGGUGGUGGAGUCUGAGGACCCUUGGGAGUGGGCAAAGGCAAUUGCUGGUGUCCGACAGAAGGAAAGAUCAGAUCGACUUCGAGAUAUUCAACAACUGAAGAGUUCAUAUGAAGAGAAGUUUUGCUGGGAGAAACAGUGUCACAGUCUUGUGGAGAAGAUGUGGGACAUAGUUCAUGCUUCUAAAAGACAAGACACAAGUUUCAGAACUCGGAAGGUCGAAGUUGUUGACACGUCAGCCGAACAACUAACAGCUGAUUCAUUACUGACACCAAGUUCCCUUGACCGAUUCACCCAGGAACUUCAGCAGAUGCAACUCGAUGCAAGCAAAGGCAAGAGCAAAACAGAUCUAUUAUUGGGGCUGAGGAAUAUUGUAUCAGACGCUGGCUUCAGAAUAUCUGACAAUAAAGGAUCAGGAAAUUGCAUGUUCUAUGCCUUGUCCGAACAACUGGAAAUUGUUAAGGGAAUCGAAAUCCCACAUGGCGAAUUAAGACAAACCUUGGUCCAGUACCUCAGGAGUAAACCAAAACUUCCGGAUGGAACAGAUCUGUUUCACUUUGUUCAUGGACAUCAAACAUGGACUGAAUACCUAGUACACAUGCAACAAGAUGGCGCUUGGGGUGAUCACGUAAUUCUGUGUGCCGCAGCAAACUACUUUGAAACGCGCAUUCGUGUGGUCAGUAGUCUACUUCCUAGCAAUGAUGUCAUCAUUACGCCACAUUGUCCAGUUGACGAAAGCAAACCUCUUGUGCUGGGACAUAUUCAUGAGGCGCACUAUGUCAGCCUUCAACCCGUGCAAGGUUAAAAUGGCAGGCCCCCACAGUCACUUCGAUCAGCCCUUAUGAAGAGCUCGGCCUUCCAGAAUGACUUGAUAGGCAUACAGACCAUUGAUGCAAAUUGGCCAAGUAGAGCUUUCUUCAGCCUGAUUUAUCUGAUGUGAACUUUAAAAGCUUAGAUUUAAUUAGAGGUUCUAUAAUAUUAGUUUUCCAAUGUAUCGCAUUAAAAGUAAAAUAAUCCAAAUGACGAGGGGUGUAAAGAAAAGACAUCACACCGUGAAAAGUUAUCGUAACUAUACAAAAGUGAACAUGUCUUCGGGAAACAAAAGACUAUCAUCAAUGUGAAACUUUAUUUAAGGGGCUCGAAACAUGAACUCGAUUACUCUUACUCAGUCGACUAAGAAAAAAAUUUAUUGCUACGUACCAUCUGUAUGUACAACUGAAUAAAAACUAUGUACAGUUGCAGUAAA